AUGGAGUUCUUCAAAAAAGCCAGAUCAGUACGCUUCCGGAGCCACCACGGAAAAUAUCUAUUAGCAGACGAGGAUCAAGAGACUGUUUUCCAAGAUCGCGAAGGCACGGCAAAGAAUGCCAAAUGGAUGGUGGAGUUUGUCGAAAAUGCAAACACUUUACGGUUCAAAAGCUGUUAUGGCAAGUACUUAACAGCCUCUAGCAUGCCAUACCGUCUUGGAUUGCGAGGCAAGAAAGUUCUGCAAACACUGCCAAAGAGAUUAGAUUCUUCCCUUGAAUGGGAGCCUGUAAAAGAAGGAUAUCAGGUCCGGCUCAGGACGCCCUAUGGCCAGUUCUUGCGCGCAAAUGGGGGCGUACCGCCUUGGAGAAACUCUGUCACCCAUGAUAUCCCUCAAAGAACCGCAAAACAGGAUUGGAUUCUGUGGGAUGUAGAUGUUAUAGAGGUUCGGGUUGAAUCUCCAGAACGUCACCCAGUGGCGAAACCCCCUCCUCCACAACCAGAUGCAUUGCCUUCGAAGUCUUCAGCACUUUCAGAACCUACAUCUCCAUCUAAGAUUGAGCGUAGGACGCCGAGAAAAGAUGCAGGGAGAAUGAUCUACUAUUGUGUUGCUAAUAAGAAAGGAGACGUUGAGGAUUCAUUGGAAGAGUUUUCCUUCCCAUUCAAGGGUAGUGAGGUAGAAGGGUUGAAGCAAAAGUUGAAGGAAGAUGCCGGAUUGGAGGAAAUUGUUGUGUGUUCACGCAAUCCUCUGACUGGAAAACUUUAUCCCCUUCGCUUACAUCUUCCGCCAAACAACCACGAUAUGCAUAUCAUUGUAGUUCCGUCAUCGUCCAAAGGUUAGAAUUGUUUCAAAGGGCUUUCAUGUUUUCGUCUUGAUAAUUCUUAAAUGUUUGAUGUCUGAUUCCAAAAAACUUACUGGAA